CGAAAACGCGCUUCACACCGCGCAGCCCAUUGGCCCACGAUGCCGCCCUUCAAAGAUGAGCAGAUAAUUAUAAUCGCGCCUGGCUCCGAGACGACGGUCGCGCAGCUGGGCCUGCCCGAGAGCUUCACGCCCGCCCGCCUGCGCGUGCGCUCGCGCAUGUUCCCCGCCGAGAAGCCAGGGGAAUGGGAGCCGUACAAGAUCCGCCGCCGGAACGAAAAGCCCGACGCACCAGCCGCCGCGCCGCAGGACGGGGCCCCAGAGGGCUCCGAGAGCAAAACAACCGGCGCCGAAGACGACGUCGUCUAUGAAGAAGACCGUGUGUCCGAGGAGGGCGCUGUCUGGCCCAUACAGGAGGGCAAGAUUGUCGACUGGUCGUGCUUCUUCGCCCUCAUCACUCACGUAUACAACGCGCUCAACCCGCCGUUUCAUACGCCGAUACUCCUCAUCGCGCAGCCCGUCUGGACGCCCAAGGAGCACGAGAAACUCACGCAGUUCUUCUUCGAAAAGUUCAAGACGCCCGCCUUUGGGCUUAUGGACGCAGCGCUCGCGUCCAGCUGGGCAUAUGGUGUACACACGGCCACUGUUGUAGAUGUGGGCAAGGACAAGGUCGAUGUCACCGCCAUCAGCGAAUUCAUACCACACGUGCAAGGACGCACCUCGUCUUUGGCCGGCUGCGGCGGAGAGGCCCUCACACAGAGUCUCUUCGCGAAGCUCGCAUCGAGGAGCUGGAGCCGGGAGAUGUGCGAGCAGCUGAAGAAGAGUCCCAUUUGCGAAAUUCUCCCGGUUGGGACCCCCUUGCCAGGCACCAAAGAAGCGAGCGAGGAGGAGACCAUAACAAACCCCGCGGCCGCUGCGUCGACAGGUGCACCAGGCUCAGGCCCUGCCGCUGCUGCCUCGAUCGGCACUAUCCCACGAGGCCCAGGCGCAGACACCGAGGUCGGUGAUAACGACGCCGACGAAGAGGGCGUUUUGGACGUAGCGAGCAUCGUCACUGGAGGCAAGAUGGAAGAGUACCUAGCCAAGAAGGAGAGAGAGAAGCAAGAGAAAGCCAAUGCGAAGAAAAAGGGUGGCGCAGAUGCUGCCGCCGCUGCGAACGCAAACAAACCGGUCAGGCUCCCUAACUCGAGGCGCGAGAGGGCGACAUUCUUCUACGAAGACCACCGCUUGCUUGACAAUCUCAAAAAUAUGAACCUGGGAAGUGAAAGAUUAGCAGAAAUGCAAGUUCAGCUGGACGAGGGUCCGCAAAGGCAAGGCGAAGGCGCGAACGGCGAAGCAACUUCGGCUGCGGAAGCCAAUGGUAGUGCUGAUGCAGGAAACACGAAUGGCCGGUCGGGGCCAAUUAGGAGAGAGCUUGAAGUUGGCACAGAGCGUUUCAUGGCAGCUAGCAACGGUGUGUUGGAAAGAAUAGCAGAUGCUGUGCACCGGACUAUAUCGUCCGUGGAUGAAGUGAACAAGCGCAGCGAGCUCUGGGAUUCCUUGAUCAUUUGCGGUAACGGAUCAAGAGUUCGAGGCUUCAAGGAGGCUCUCCUCUCUGCUAUUCAAUCGAAAUACCUCAUCUCACCUUCCUCGGCUACGAUGUUCACCUCCGAAAUCCCUUCCAACAUCUCUACACCUGCUGGUACCGGCGCCAACACACCCCAACCGCAGCUCGGACCCCACGGCGGCGCUCCCUCGCACGUGAACCCUCUACUCUACGCCGCCACUACCGCCCAAACACAGCACCUCAUGCCUCACAACCCCACCUCCCAUCUUCCAGGUCUAUCGCACAAUGCGCACUCCUCGCAUGGCCAGACUCCCACCUCCAUCAAACUAGUGAAGCCACCGGAGUACUUCCCGGAAUGGAAGGACGUCGGCUUUGACGAGUCUGCAUUCUUGGGCGCCCAGGUUGCUGCCAAAGUCAUUUUCGUUGUGGACCAGGGACAGAGCAAGGGCUACAUGACAAGGCCAGAUUACAACGAGCAAGGGCCCAAUGGGAUUCACGAUUACGCGUUGUGAGCCCUUUCAUUGUCGUGCUGAGGUUGGAGUUUGGCGGGCUGGAUAUCCUUGACUGGCUUUGGGUCUUUAGCAAAUGGAGAGAUUAGCUUCUCCGCGGGGCGUUCGAUCACGUAUUCUGUAGAGAAAAAAAAUUCGGCGUUUCUCGAAAGUUUACUUGGAUAAUAGAGCCCUGCAUGCAUACGUCCCAGUCCAUGCAUGUAUU